UCUCUUCGGCUACCUUCAUGUGGCGAAGACUUGGCAUAUGAAUAUGAAUAAACUCGCCUUCUAGCCCUUACUAUAGUAGGAUUCGUAACUUCGCUGUCAGCCCUGUGGACCGUGAUGAGGCAGCGCGAGUGGAUCCAGCAUGUUUCUAUUUUUUGCCUUCCCUUUGACUCGGGAAGUAGUCGCGCAAAAUAACGGUGCAAGCCAUAAUCAGGGGAUAAUACAUACCGCAAUAAAGUGCUGGUGAUGGCAGUGCGGCCCCCUCCGUGCGUGAUAGACUGCGGGACAGGGUACACCAAGAUUGGUUAUGCAGGAAACACGGAGCCCCAGUUCAUCAUGCCAUCCUGUAUUGCGAUCAGAGAGACAGCCAGUGUUGGAGAUCAGGCACAGAGACGUCUCAUGAAAGGGGUGGAUGACCUCGAUUUCUUCAUUGGAGAUGAAGCCAUUGAUAAACCAAACUAUGCAACCAAGUGGCCCAUCAGACAUGGUAUUGUUGAGGAUUGGGACCUCAUGGAGAAGUUCAUGGAGCAGGUCAUAUUUAAAUAUCUCAGAGCUGAACCAGAGGACCACAGCUUCUUGAUGACAGAACCUCCUCUAAAUACCCCAGAGAACCGGGAAUACUUAGCUGAGAUCAUGUUUGAAACCUUCAACGUCCCAGGACUAUAUAUUGCUGUUCAGGCUGUUUUGGCAUUGGCUGCAUCGUGGACUUCAAGACAGGUUGGAGAACGAACACUAACAGGAAUCGUGAUUGAUAGUGGUGAUGGGGUUACUCAUGCUAUACCAGUGGCAGAAGGUUAUGUGAUUGGCAGCUGUAUAAAGCACAUCCCUAUAGCAGGGAGAGACAUCACCUACUUCAUUCAACAGCUGCUACGAGAGAGAGAGAUCGGCAUUCCUCCAGAACAGUCACUGGAGACUGCAAAAGCUGUUAAAGAAAGGUAUUGCUACAUCUGUCCAGACAUAGUGAAGGAAUUCACCAAAUAUGACAUCGACCCUGGCAAAUGGAUAAAAAAAUACAAGGGAAUCAAUGCUAUCAGCAAAAAUGAAUUUCAAAUAGAUGUUGGAUAUGAGCGUUUUCUGGGACCAGAGAUAUUUUUUCACCCUGAGUUUGCCAACCCAGACUUCAUGCAGCCCAUCUCGGAUGUAGUGGAUGAAGUCAUUCAGAACUGCCCUAUCGAUGUCAGAAGACCACUUUACAAGAACAUAGUCCUGUCCGGUGGCUCCACUAUGUUCCGGGACUUUGGCCGAAGGCUGCAGCGGGACCUGAAGCGUGUGGUGGACGCCAGACUCAAAAUGAGUGAGGAGCUGAGCGGUGGCAGAAUAAAGCCCAAACCCAUGGAGGUGCAGGUGAUAUCUCAUCACAUGCAGCGAUAUGCCGUGUGGUUUGGUGGAUCGAUGUUGGCUUCUACGCCUGAGUUCAUCCAAGUCUGCCACUCUAAGAAGGACUACGAGGAAUAUGGACCCAGAAUCUGUCGCCACAACCCGGUCUUUGGCAUCAUGUCCUAGUGCUGAUCUUGCACCCCACUGUAAGCCUAGAUAUCAGUUCAAUCGAUUUAUCACCUCCCCGUACUACGCUUUGAUUGCCACUCCUCUUUGUAAAAGAAUAAUUCAAGCUUUGACAAGCUUAGAAUAGAAAGAACAAAGCUUUUUGUUUAUCAGUGAAAAUGUCAAAGCCAGGCACAAGGGUAUUAUGUGGAUUGGAUCUGGAGACUUGAGGCGUGUGCUUUGAUAGCAAGCACUGAAUGUUCAAUAUUCCAAAUGCAGCAUAAAAGAGGAAUUCAAGAAUUGCACAUCGACUGCAGGCUGCUCAGGUGAAGCCAUAAAGUGGGAACUGUUUACUUUGGAACACAUUGCAUUUUUUGUGUUCUGUUCAUAAUUUAAAGAAAUAGUUCAGCCUAAAAUGAAAAUUCUGUCAUGGUAUUUCAGAACCAAAUGACACAAGGAGAAAUUUAGCAGAAUGUUCAAACUGCUUUUUUCCAUACAAUGAAAGGAUGCAGUGACUGGUGGCUAUUAACCUCAAAAAAACAAACAAACAAAAAAAAAACUAACAUUAAAUUGAUUUUGUGAAUAAGGAUUUCAGUUUUGUUCUUUUCUUCAGUCAAAGCAAUCAUGUGACUUCAUGGCACAGCUGACUAAAAGAAAAAAAGGGGGGAUUCUGUAUCAUAAUCAUUGCAAUCAUAUAAUCAGAUUAGAUCACAUAAUUAGAUCUAGUUCAAAUAUUCAGUGUGUAUUGUUUAGAACUUUUUAGUAAGAUUGAGAAUUGUUUUUGUUUUUUUAAUCAGGAUUAGUUGGGUCGAUUCAAAGUACAAAAUUUCACAAAAGCCUUUCGGUGUAGUAUAAGUAUGGAAUAGGAUUAGGGUCAAGCAAUAAUAAUAAAAAAAUAAAUAAAACCAUCUUGAGAUUAAAGUAAUUAUAAUCCAAGAUAAAACUUUUAUUUAGAAAAAUAGUCUUAAUAAAAUGCUGAGAAUAAACUCAUUAAAUUACAAGAAAAAAAGAUUAAACAAAAUGUUGAGAAUAAACUCGUAAAAUUUAGCGGAAAAACAGUCAAAAUAAAAUGUUGAGAAUAAACAAUAAAUUACGAGAAAGAAAAGUUGAAACAAAAUGUUGAGAAUAAACUCAUUACAUUUUGAGAACAGAGUCAUUGCGUUUCGAGAAAAAAAUCAAUGAUGAGAUUGACUAAGGUUUGAAUCCACUUUUGGCCGAUCUGAAUCUUCUUCCGUUUCUCAUCACAUAUCACACCGGAAAAGUGGAAAUCAAUUGUAAGGGGAUUUUUAUAUAAUUUUAUUUUGCUGUUUGCAUUCUUUAAAUCACAAAAGUAAUCCAACCUGACUGUUCAGUAGCCUACCUGUUGUUCUUCACUUAGCUAGUAGCCUAUCCAGGUAUUCUAGAACAAUCCAAUGUUGCUUUGAAAAACUGUCACAAAAGUAAGAUGGAUUACCUGAUCCUGGAAACUUUUUGAACAACUGGGCUCAAAAGACUUGGAAUAUGGUCAUACGGAUAAUUGUUUUGAUACUAUUAUGGUGUGUUUUGUCCUUUUUGAGCUUAAUAGCCAUGGUCAUUAGCUAUAUUGAAAAACUUCUCCUUUUGUGUUACAUGAGAGAUAAACAUUUGAACGACUGUGGUUUCAGACACCACUACUAAUGGCUGUAAAAAAUUGUGCACUAUGUAAAGGUGUAAAGCCUGGGAACUUUCAGGAAGGUGUAUUUGGGGCUAGUUGGAGCUAAACUCUGCUGGACAUUGGCCCUUCAGGUGCAGGAUUGGACACUUGCUGCAAAGGUUCUUUCUGUGGUCUGUAUGCAUGUAGGUGCCUGAGCUUUUGUAUUAGCCUUCACUGAAUGAAAAGUAGAAUGUUGAUAGAGUUUUCUAUAUUAUAUGAUGGAUUAUUUCAGAAUUAGUUUAUAUUUGUAUUAAAGUAAAAAUGGACUUGGGGCAGUCAGGUAACUAUUAAUUGGAAAAGUAUUUACCGUAUUCUUACUGAAGGUUAGGUAUAUAGCUGAUAUAAGAGGAAAUAUAUAUUAAAUUAUUUUUGUCUGAAAGAAAAUGUACUUUAUUUUAUGCCUCGUAUGCACACUAUUUACUGUAUGUAUGUUAUUUCAACACAUAGCAGUAAGAAGCACUAGUGUGAUAUCUUAGCAACCAUGUUUGCCAAGAAGAAAUCUGCUGUUUAAGGCUACUGUGAAUUAAAGCUCCUCUCUCUGAAA